AUGCCUGACAUCACCUCGUUGCCGAGUCAUCCUCCACCGCCGGAUAUAGAGGCUGCACAUGAGGCUAUCCCGUCGCACCCACUAGGCGUGAAGCCAAGUGGAAAUGCCCUGUUGGCAACCUGGAGUCUCCGUAACGCCAUAGGAACCUUCCAACAUUUACCAGACGAACUAAUCCUGUUGUUGUUGGAGGGCUUGGAUGGGCCAAGUCUGUUGAGGAUUGGACGGACAUGCAAGGCUUUCUAUGCAUUUACCCGGGCUGAGGAGUUGUGGAAGGCACUGUUUGUUCGUGACCCAAGAGAAGACUUCACGUGGCGAGGAACAUGGCGAUCAACAUAUCUCAACAUUCCAGCCUCCAAGGUGCCCAUGGUGGACUGUUCGCAGCUUUUCUCCGAUUCUUUAUACCGACCUUUCAACUGCGCGCACAUCUCUCUCGACCCUUAUGUCUCAAAUAUCCCCGCCCGAAACCAGAUCCCACGGCUCCCAGACCUGUCACCAGAAGAAUUUCGAGCGAGCUGGACUGAUCGACCUUUCAUCUUGACCGAACCCGUCAAGGCGUGGCCAGCAUACAAGAACUGGACCGUCGGGUCACUGCUCGCCCGAUAUGGGAAGACCAAGUUCCGCGCCGAAGCCGUCGAUUGGGCGAUGCGCACAUACGGUGACUACAUGGCGGACAACUCCGAUGAAAGCCCGCUUUACCUUUUCGAUCGCUCCUUCGUCUCCAAGAUGGGACUCUCUGUCGGACCUCCAGAAACCACACCGGAUGCAUCGUACUGGCCCCCAGCAUGCUUCGCGGAAGACUUCUUCUCCGUGCUGGGCGACGACCGCCCUGAUCACCAAUGGUUGAUUAUCGGACCUGAGCGCUCUGGCAGCAAGUUCCACAAAGACCCCAAUGCGACCAGUGCCUGGAAUGCCGUUCUCCGAGGCCCGAAAUAUUGGAUCAUGUUCCCGUCUGGCACGAAGCAGCCCCCGCCUCCCGGUGUCUAUGUGUCAGAUGAUCAGAGUGAAGUGACCUCUCCCCUGAGCAUUGCCGAAUGGCUACUGGGCUUCCAUGCGGAGGCACGCCGAACUCCGGGAUGCAUGGAGGGUAUUUGCCGCGAGGGUGAGAUCCUGCACGUCCCAUCUGGUUGGUGGCAUUUGGUGGUGAACCUGGAGACUUCUAUCGCUAUUACACAGAACUUUAUCCCCCGUGGCCAUCUUACCGCUGCGUUGGAUUUCUUGUCCAACAAACCUGACCAAGUCUCCGGGUUCAGGAAGAACGUGGCUAACCCAUGUGAGCGGUUCAAGGCGGGCAUACGGGAGGCUUAUCCAGAGCUUCUUGAUGAAGCCUUGGAGGAACUGCAAAGGAAGAACGAAGGCAAGAAGCGCAAGUGGGAAGAGAUUGUCCACGGGAAACCAGAUGACACCACCGACGGCGACACCGGAGCCGGCGGGUUCAGCUUUGGCUUUGGGGAUGAUGGGAGUGAUGUUGAGGUUCCAUGA